AUGGAACAACCCCGGCCAACCUCCACGGCGUCUCAGCCGUCAGAAACACCCUCUCAACCAUCAGAAACACCUCCAAAACCAGCGGUUCUCUCCCAAAUCCAACAACCUCCUCCCACCAAUCCAAACCCCUCCUCUCCAUCCCCACAAUCACAACCCCUAAAUCCAAACCCUAAUCCACCUCAAUACACACGUCCGACGACAUCCCCGGCGCCGCAACAGAAUCAACAACACAUUCCUCAGGCUUUGAAUCGGCCUCCUCCACCGUCUUACUCUAGACCGUGGCCGCCUCAACAUUCCUCCUACUCUCACUUCUCCUCCUCCUCCGCAUCUUCGUCUUCGUUGCUAUCUUCGUCUUCGGCGGCUUCGUCAUCGUUGGCUGUUACGGGGCAGCAGAGAGGAGGUGGUAUGGCGAUUGGCGUUCCAGCUAGCCCCUCUCCUACAACUUCAGCUUUUCCGGGGGCUUUUGGACAGCAGUACGGUGGAUUGGGUCGUGGGAGUGUGGGGAUGUCGGAAACGAGCUCUAAUGCUAGUGUUCCGCAGGGUAGGAUGAUGCAAGGGACGCAGGGGAUGGGGAUGGUGGGGACUAUUGGUGGGUCAGGUUCUCAAAUGAGACCAAGUGGAAUGGCUCAGCAUCAGCAGAGACCGGUUCAAUCUUCUCUGAGACCAGCUUCUUCUCCGAGUAGUACAUCUUCUGUUCCCCAAAAUUUUCAAGGGCAUAGUCUUAUGAGACCUUCAGCUAUUGGUUCUCCUGGUGUCCAAUCUACUGGUGGAGCACAGCACAGCUUCCAAACUAAUCAACCAUGGUUAUCAUCUUCUGCCCAAGGGAAGCCGCCUUUGGCACCCCCUUCUUAUAGACCGCAAGUAAAUAAUCCCUCCUUGCAACAAAGGUCUCAUGCUCCUCAGCAACAUCUUUCCACGUCGCCAGCGACUUCACAGCCUCAGCAACAACAACAACAACAACAUCAGCUUCAGCCUCAAGAGCAACUUCAACAGUUGAGAUCUCCGCAGCAGCCUUUACCUUAUGCACAUCAACCGCCCCGGGUUCAAGGGUCGGUAAAUCAGAAAGCUGCUUCUCUAGCAAUGCCGACACCGCCCCCCUCUGUGCCUCAACCAGGAAACCAAGCUAAAACAGUUUCAGCAGAAAAUGAGGAGUCUGAUGAUCGUAUCCUGGGGAAAAGAAGCAUCCAUGAGCUACUUCAGCAGAUUGAUCCGUCUGAGAAACUGGAUCCAGAGGUCGAAAACAUCCUUUCUGAUAUUGCUGAAGACUUUGUGGAGUCAAUCACAACUUUUGGUUGCUCUUUAGCCAAGCAUAGAAAGUCAGAUACUCUAGAGGCGAAGGACAUCUUGCUCCAUGUUGAAAGAAACUGGAACAUCAGGCCUCCUGGUUUUAGCAGUGACGAGAUCAAGACAUUUCGAAAGCCACUGACAACAGAUAUUCACAAAGAGAGACUUGCCGCUGUAAAGAAGUCUAUGACGGUAACGGAAGCAGCAAACGUCAGGUUCGGGCACGGGACGGCUAAUGCAAGAGGAGGCCAGGCAAAGACGCCUGCUAACCCAUUGCCCUCUACAACUUUUAAUCACUGA